AUGAGCGGAAGAAACGUUCGAGGAGGUCCUGGUAGCUCAAAAGCAGCAUUUGCUAUGUUUCAACAAAAAGACGUUGCCGCCGGUGGAACAGGCAAAGUCAGCAGUGAGCAGGGCACUGGCGCGCCAACCAAUCCAACAAGUAUUAAAGAUCGUCUUCUCGCCUGGUGUCAACAUGUCACAAAGGGUCAUCAACAUGUUAAUGUAACAAAUUUUUCCUCGUCAUGGGCAGAUGGUAUGGCUUUUUGCGCUCUGAUUCAUCAUUAUCUACCCAACGCGAUUAAUUACGAAUCUCUGAACCCAAAAGAUAGAAGGAGAAACUUUGAAAUUGCAUUUAAAGCAGCCGAAGAUAACGGCUGUGCACCUUUACUUGAAGUUAAUGAUAUGAUUGAGAUGGGUGAUAAACCUGACUGGAAAUGUGUCUUUACAUAUAUUCAAUCGCUUUACAAACAUUUCGUUAUGAUGCCUGAAGCUAUGGCAGCUCGAGCAGCAGCACAAGCCGGUGGUAAAUAA